AUGCACAAGGAAGAGAAUCUUUAUCUGGGAGAGUUGGUGGAAAAGUCGUUGGAGGUCCGGCGUACACCUGAACGUGGACGUGGUCUUUUUGCAGCGCAAAGACCAGUCCCAGUCGGGCCCGGGCAGCCGGCUCUGAUCUUCACUGAGUCGUCGCUAGGAAGGAUCAUCCAAAUCUCCCCCUGCUACAAACGAGGCCUCGCAUGUUCCUUGUGUGGACACGUCUUAGGCAGCCCAGUCUGGCAAUUGCAGAAGCUAACCGGUCUGCAAAGACGUGCAGAUUGUGACAUUCUGAACGAGAGCUUGUCUGAAAUUUUGGAGGGACAGCCGCUGUUUUCGAAAGUCCCACCGUUGUUCUGCAGCACUGCUUGCCUGCGCGAGCAUGAACGAAUACUCGGACGUUUGAGGAGUCAGCGGAAGGCUGCACGACUCUUUGCACGCUACUCCAGGAAAGUGGGUUGUGUCUUUCACAUGCUAGCGCUAAAACUCUUGUGCUGGUGCAUAGCCGAAGUGGAGGGCAAAUCCCCUGAACGUGCUGCUGCGCCGCUAAGAGCUCUCUGCUCUCGGCUUUAUUGGGAGACCGUCGAUAUGCCUGCAGAACCUGAGCAGGCACAUGCAUUCAAGAUCAAGUUGCAGAAAGAAACGGAGACCUCCCGUCAGCUGGCCUUGAGGGCUUUAGGGCUUGGACUGGAUUUGCUACCAGUCGAUUUGAAGCCCUUUCUCGAGCCUGUGGGCUACGCCAAGUUGCUGGGCUCGCUUUGCUCCAACUGCACGAGUGUCAAAUACAUAUCUCCGGUGCUGCAAUACAUUCUUCAGAUAGACGGCAUGAAGGACGGUGCCUGCAAGACGGCUGCAAUACGGGAUCUGGAGCCGUGGAUUCGGUCCCUAGCCAAGAACCCGCUGGACACGGAUGGGAGUGAUGUUGGCGAGGCAGCUGGCGAGGACGAGGAGAAAUUAAUUACGUGGCAUGCAGCGAAACCUCUACACUUCUCAACUGCUCUGAUCCCACCCUUCCGUGGCUAUGCCAUUUUUCCUCGCAUGGCACUGAUGAACCAUUCUUGCAAGCCCAGCUGUGGAAUCGAGUUUGACUUCGCUGGGCGCAUUUUCGUUCUACAACAACCUUACACCGACAUCAAGCCAGGUGUUGAACUUACAAUCUCCUAUCUGGACUCGUCGCUGGAAUCAGAGGAGGACCACCGAGCCAUGGGGAGAAAGCGACGACGAGACCAGCUGCUACCCUAUGGCUUCGAGUGUGACUGUGUGCUUUGCAGCGGCUGCAAGAAACAGCGGAAGCGCGUCAAAAUCGGAUCAAAGGUCGACUGGAUCGGCCAUAGACCUGUUGUGGGAUCUGGCGAACAGUAUACACUUUUUCUGGCACUGCCGAGUGCAGAGCACGGUGCACUGUGUCCCAAAAGCAGCACAGACGGCUGUGGACCGCUCUUAGCUCGACUCGUCGACGAUCAAGCUACAGAGACCGGGCUGUUUAAGCCCUCCACGACCCUCUACUUGUGCAACUUGAUCGACUGUGACCCCGCUAUACACUGUCUCAUGGCGAUGAGCAUGAUUAUGAAGGCGGUGUAUAGGUCCGCGAGCUAUCAAACUCGAGUCCGAUGCGAUGUUCCUCUUUGCAUCGGAAAGCCAGAGGAGCCCGAGUUCUCGUCGUGGCUUCGCGUGCUUUCGCCUCUUCGCAUCCCUUCGCCCUCGCUCUCCGUUGCGAAGCUUCUGGAGGAGCCUGGCAAAGCGCAGCACUGCCCCGAGAGCUUUCUCACCAGCUUUUCUGACCCUCACACUUGCGACAAGGCCAUGCAAGCUUGUGCUGCAGCGUCAGGCAGCUGGUAUGGCCGCUGCCACCCCGGACGGAGUGCGAUGGAUCCCUGGCUUCGAGAACCGGCGAGUUUACGCCGUGCACCAAGUCUGCGGGACUCCGUCAGAGGCCGGGAUGCCGCGUUUGAUGCCAUGGGCUGCGCUGCUAGGCGGGCCCGGCUUUCCGGCGAAGCCGCGACCCCGAAGGCUAGUCGAUCCAGAUAUGCCUGGAUCUCGGGCUCUGUCGGUGUUGAGUUUCGAUUCAGAGAGGUCGAGUCCAAACCAAGGCCUCCUCUGGAAGAGCGGGUCUAUUUGGUCACCGGAGCGACCAAGGGACAUGGACACGACCUCAGGUGGUGCGCCAAAGCCGAGUGCUGGUCUCAUCAAAAGUAUCGACAGUUCCAUGCCGAACAAACGAUGGCAGUAAAUGCGCUGGCCCCCUUCUACCUCACCUCUCUGCUGUUGCCCCAGCUGGAAGCUGCAGGUAAUGCAAGGGUCAUGUUCGCGACGUCUCCGACGAUGGGAGGUUCUGACCACCUCAACGACUUGAAAUGCGAGCGAUAUUGGACUGGGCUGCAUUCUUAUCGCUUGAGCAAGCUUUGUUUGGAGAUGGUCGCAAAGGAGAUGCAUCUGCGAUACGGAGCCGCGCCCAACCUGACCUUUCAUAGCUUCAAUCCUGGAACAGCGGACACAAAGCUCAUGCGUCAAGGGACUGUCUAUGGCGCUGGCAAGAAGAUGGGCCGCGGCCGCAAAAUAGUCAAGACAGAACAGCCUAACUAUCUUCCAGCACCGCGAGUUCGGAAAGCAGCUUACUUCGCAAUGGUCGAUGACAAGUACCAACAUGAAAGCGGUCACUUUGUCGGCGAUGCAGAGAAGAUGCCACAGGUGAUUCAAGAUGCUGCAGCUCGCGAGAAGCUGUGGCAGGAGUUUGUCGAGCUGACGGGGGCGCAGUGGCCUGAAUCGAAGGCCAGAGUAAGAACCAAGGAGGAAGGCGUUCUCCUUGCGUAA